CCUAACUGGCGCCCCCGCAAUGCACUUGGCUGCCCCUUAGCGGCCACUCCGGGGCCCGCUUUCGCCUGGCCAUAGGGGAAUCCUGACCACAAUCUCCCUAUGGGCCUGGCCCCUGCCACCCUCCUACUCAUGGCGCCAGGCUGGGGAACCGGUGCCCUCCAGCAGGCCCUGGCAGCCACCCUCUUGGCUCUGUUCAUCCGUCCCCCCCAACUGGCUGCCCCCCUGCUGCUGGCCCUACUUCUCCUGGCCCCACCUGCCAGGGGUUGUGUGCAGUGCUCCAUGAGAAACAAAAACAUCCCAGCCCGGUUCGCCCAGCUCUGUACCCGCUACCGCCAAAUUCAGGGCCGCCCGGGCUGCCCCAGCCACCCCUGGGACCCGGAGUCCUUCAAGGCCUUUGCCCUGGAUGAGCAAGCCAUGGACGCGGUGACUGAGAAAACCCACCGAGUCUUACGUAUUAUUGAGAUCAACAGGACUUUUUCAGACCUGCCCAGGUUCUGGACCUGGCUGCAUGAAGUGAAGCUACUGGAAUACAGCAAAGAGGUUCUGUGCCCCCCAGCUUGCCGGGACUCGGCCUUGGCCAUCAGCUGUUCCAGCUGCAAGAAAGGGAAAGUCACCUGCUGGUCCCUGAAGAAAUGUUACUCCGCCCAGGGUGCCAUCUCACCCGGCUGUGCUCAGGGCGGGUGCCAAAUGGCCCCAGACGACGGCAGCGACUGGCUCCUGGCGCUUCUCACUGAAAUCCAGCUGGAGCAAUUUUACCACAAGAUCCGGGAUGAGCUACAUGUCACCCGCCUAGCCCACUUUGACUAUGUCAGACCCUCCGACCUGGACCAGAUCGGCUUGGGACGACCCGGGCAGCGGCGGCUGGAAGAUGCCAUCAAGCGCAGGAAGCAGCAGGGAUUACGCCCCAAAUCUUGGAUUUACAAGAUGAUCAGUGGUGCAAAGAUCCAGGAGUCUGGGGAGGGGCCGUCUCACCCUCCUCCUCCCCGCCUGGACUCAGACGGCUCCCUGAAGUGUCUGAUCACGGAGUGGGACUUGCGCCUGCGGGAACGGCUGGGCGAUGGGUGCUUUGGCGUAGUGCAUCGUGGCGAGUGGAGCCCACCCAGCGGGGGCACCAUCUCUGUGGCAGUGAAAUCUCUCCGCUCCGACAUCUGCACUGACCCCGGCGCCCUUGUUGAUUUCCUCAAUGAAGUGAACGCUAUGAGUGGGCUGGACCAUCCCCACCUCCUGCGGCUCUAUGGGGUCGUGCUCACCCAGCCACUCAAGAUGGUGACGGAGCUGGCCCCACUGGGCUCCCUGUAUGACCACCUGCGGCUACCCUACCCCCUGCACCGGCUCUGGCUCUACGCCCUGCAGGUGGCCCAGGGCAUGGCUUACCUGGAGUCUAAACUCUUCAUCCACCGUGACCUGGCGGCCCGCAACGUCCUGCUGGCCUCGGAGGAGCAUGCCAAGAUCGGGGACUUUGGCCUCACGAGGGCACUCUCAAGCAAGGGGGACCGAUACAUCAUGUCUGCGCACCGCAAAAUCCCUUUUGCCUGGUGCGCCCCCGAGAGCUUGCGCUCUGGAGCCUUCUCCCAUGCCUCCGAUGUCUGGAUGUUCGGGGUCACCCUCUGGGAGAUGUUCUCCUACUGUGAGGAGCCCUGGAUGGGGCUCUCAGGGCGACAGAUCAUGCUGAAGGUGGAACGGGAGGGUGCACGGCUGGAGCGCCCAGAGGACUGUCCCCGCGGCCUGUAUGCCCUGCAGCUCCAGUGCUGGGCCCCCCACCCUGAGGAGCGACCCCGCUUCCGGGACAUCAUCAGCCUGCUGCAUGAGCUCCGGCCUCGGGAGGUGAGAGCCAUUCAGGACUUCAAUGAACCAGGGAGGCUCAGGCUAGAAACCAAUGACCCCAUCACCAUCAUUGAGGGCAGCUCAGAGUCCUCAACCUGGCGGGGCCAGAACAGGCGGACACUGCAGGUCGGGGUCUUCCCAGCCUCAGUGGUGAGCACAGAGGAAACAACCCCAACUGGGAUGCCGCGAAUCAGUCUCCCUGUGCGCAGUAGCUUCCAGCACAUGGGGCACGGUGACCUGGACCCCGGCCGCAGCUGGGGGGCCCCUGACAGCAUGGACGACCGGAAGGGGAAGCCCCGGGACUCUAAAGAAUCUGCUGGACUCAAGUUGGGAGGCCAGCAGCUUCUGCGGCUCACACGUCUCUCUAAAAGUCUGGACUCGGUCUCAGAUUUCAGCGUCCUUCGGACGAAACCCAGGCGUCUGGGUGAUGAGCUUGCUUUCCCGCCUCAUCCCCCCGGCAACUCCCCAUCACGCAUGCCCUGGGAAAUGGGGCUCCGGCCCUUGGAGACGCCCCAGAAAUCACGGCCAGGCCCUCGGUCUGGCCAACCCCUCCGAAUAGAACCUCCCCUGCAGCAGCCUGGGGCCAGGGACAGGAGGGAAACAGCGGGGGUGAAGGCCCCUGUCGGAGCCCCCAGGGGCACAGCAGGAGUCAUGGGAUCCUCAUCUGUGGGGCAGAAGGGCAACAGUGAUGUGGAACGGAAAAUCAAGGAGGUGGAGGGGAAGGUCCACGGGGUGACGGUGGAGGAAUGUCGUGAGGCACUGAGGCUGCACGGCUGGGACACACAGAGAGCUGUUGAGGUGCUGAAGGUUGACCAGCUGUUCCACAUCAGCCCACACUCCCGGGAUGAAUGCCGGCGCAUCCUGGAGAAACACCGCUGGAACCUUGCCAUGGCUUCUCGCUACGUCCUGAGCCGUGGCCUCCGGGCCUGAAGGGGACAUCAUCCCAGCUGGGCUUAGGGACUGACUGCAUUCCCGUGUCUACCUAGCCACAUUGGAGCCCCACUUCUCGCCAUAGGCUGGGACUUUGCGGCAGCCCAGAGCCAGGGAGAGAACCCAGGAGACCUGGUGGUUCCUUGCUUGUAUUUAGGGAGAGACAUGAGGGUACGUUUGUUGUAUGAACAUGGGCGUGAUUGUGCAUGUCGACCUUUAUGUGUGUCCCCACAUAUGUAGUGGGUGUGGCUAUAGACCUUGUGUCAGGGAGUGUAGCUUAUACAGUUGUGUGGAUAUUUUGUGGGGAGGCACAUUUUUUGUUCUAGGGUGUGUGCAUAUCCAUCUUUCACACACAAUUUGGGAGCGGCUUAUGCAAACAUUGUGUGUGACUGUGUCCAUCAUCUUCCGAGGGUGUGGGAUUUUUCACCAGACUUGUGCAUGGAGUGGGAUGCAUCCAGGUGUGAUUAUCAGGGUGUGUGCAAAGUGCGUGAGAUGGCCUGUGAUUUACAAAAUGGUGGGGAGGUGAGUGGUGGAGCACUGUGGCUGCAAGCCAGGCUGUGUGUACCUACUGUACAGUCGUUACGGGUGUUGUACUUUGUUGUAUAUAUUGUGCAAAGCAAUAAAAGUGUUAAGAAUGCCA